AGGCGGUUGCGUCUUUAUAUGUGCGUCGAUUCUGAGAGAGAGAGUGAGAGAGAGAGGCGCGAUGGGGUCGGCGGAGGAUGUGGUGGUAGCGAACAAGAAGGUGUUGCUGAAGCAUUUCAUCCCGUCCGGAGCGCCCAAGGAGACGGAUAUGGAACUGGUGACGACAGGCACCAUCCGGCUGCGCGUGCCGGAGGGCUCCACCGCCCUGAUCCUCAAGAACCUCUACCUCUCCUGCGACCCGUACAUGCGGUCGCGCAUGACCAAGCAUGAGGACGGCAGCUACGUCGAUGACUUCGUCCCCGGCGAGCCAAUAGCUGGUUUUGGCGUUGGAAAAGUUGUAGACUCCAGCCACCCAGGUUUUAAAAUUGGUGACUAUGCGUGGGGCAUGACUGGUUGGGAAGAGUAUAGCUUGAUUACAGAUCCAAAACUACUUUUUAAAAUCCAUCACACUGAGGUUCCACUUUCUUACUAUACUGGUAUUCUUGGUAUGCCAGGUCUUACAGCUUAUGCUGGGUUUUAUGACAUUUGCUCUCCGAAGGAAGGGGAGCGCGUUUUCAUAUCAGCAGCAUCUGGUGCUGUUGGCCAACUUGUGGGACAAUUUGCCAAACAAUUGGGUUGUUAUGUUGUCGGAAGUGCUGGGUCUGAUGAAAAGGUUAAUCUUCUGAAGACUAAGUUUGGCUUCGAUGAGGCUUUUAAUUAUAAGAAGGAACCUGAUCUGACUAAAACUUUGAAAAGGUACUUCCCAGAUGGCAUCGAUAUCUAUUUUGAGAAUGUAGGUGGUUCAAUGCUCGAAGCUGUUCUUUACAACAUGAGAUUAAAAGGACGAAUUGCUGCAUGUGGAAUGAUUUCUCAAUACAACCUUGAGAUACCCGAAGGCGUGCGCAACUUGUUCCUCAUUAUUGGCAAGCGCAUCCGAAUGGAAGGGUUCUUGGUAUUCGAUCACUAUGGCAGUUAUCUAGAGUUUGAAGAGAAGGUUGUGCAACUGAUAAAGGAAGAGAAAAUAAAGUAUGUGGAAGAUAUAGUCGAAGGCCUCGAGAAUGCACCUGUGGCGCUAGUAGGCCUCUUCGAAGGCCGAAAUGUUGGAAAACAGUUGGUUGCAGUCGCCCACGAGUAACAGUUAGAAAAAAAGAAAACCAGUCAGGUGCACGAAGUUCCUGUCAUGUGCGGUACGCCCACGAGUAACAGUUGCUAUUAGUUUUUUUAAACCUUCAUUUGACAAUAAAGUGUUGAAACUUUGAAAGAAGAGGAGGUUGUUCUCUUCAUAUAUAACACAAGCAUCUUUUUUAUAUUUUA